AUGUGGGAUGGGUGGUGGUGUUGGUGAGCAUUGCACUUCCAGGCUGGGGGUUUCAAAUCCCAUCUUUGCUCUGUGUCUCAUAAGGCUUUCUUCCACAUAUUCUGAUUUCCCUGACAUCUCUGAAUCACCAGCCCUGGAUGUACUCCUGCCCAUAUGAGGAGUAGGCUCUUGAUGGUUUUAUGGUUGCAAUCAUGUGAAAAAGAAACUACACCCUCUUUCAGUUCCAUUGUUUUACAUAUCAGGACAUAAUUUUAAAAAUCAUCUGGUCCUUACCAGGUUCUGAAAUUAUUUAAAUCUGUCCUCAGGUGUAAAACAAUACACAACAGAUUCCACAGUGUCAUUAACAAAAAUGAAGCCGAAAUGGAGAAGCCACGUGUCAAAAACUAAGUACACAAUUCAUGAUUCAAAAACUAAGUACAUGAUUCAAAAGCUUGUAGAACCACCGUUAGCAGCCAUAAUUUGAAGUAAUUGUUUUCUGUAUGACUUUAUCAGUCUCUCACAUUAUUGUGCAGGAAUCUUGGCCCACUUUUCUUUACAGCAUUGCUUCAGUUCAUUGAGGAUUGUGGGCAUUUGUUUAUAGAAAGCUCUCUUAAGGUCCUGCCACAGCGUUUCUAUCAGGUUGAGGUCUGGACUUUGGGCCAUUGCAACACCUUGAUUCCUUUCCUUUUCAGCCAUUCUGUUGCAGAUUUGCUGGUGUGCUUGGAAUCAUUGUCCUGUUGUAUGACCCAGUUUCAGCCAAUCUUUAGCUGUCAGACAGAUGGCCUCGCAUUUCACUCUACAAUACUUUGGUAACUCAGUCAACUCAAUGACUGCAAGAUGCCCAGGUCCUGUGGCUGCAAAGCAAGCCCAAAUCAUCACCCCUCCACCACUGUGCUUGACAGUUGGUAUGAGGUGUUUUUGCUGAUAUGCUGUGUUUGAUUUUCACCAAAUGUGGCGCUGUACAUUAUGGCCAAACAUCUCCACUUUGGUCUUGUCUGUCCAAAAGACAUUGUUCCGGAAGUCUUGUGGUUUGUUCAAAUGCAACUUUGCAAACCCUAGCUAUGCUGCCAUGUUCUUUUUCAGAGAAAAGAGGCUUUCUCCUGGUAACCCUUCCAAGCAAGCCAUACUUGUUCAGUCUUUUUCUAAGUGUACUGUCAUGAACUUUAACAUUUAACAUGCUAACUGAGGCCUUUAGAGUCUGAGAUGUUUUUUUUUUUUUUGCCAUUUCGCUGACCUUGUGGUGAAUUUGCUGGGAUGUGAACUCCUAGGGAGAUUGGAAACUGUCUUGAAUGUUUGCCACUUGUGAAUAAUAUUUCUCACUGCAGAAUGGUGGACUUCAAAUUGUUUGGACAUGGUCUUAUAACCUUUCCCUGAUUGAUGGACAACCACAAUUGCUUCUCUAAGAUUAUGUCUGAUGUCUUUCCUCCUCGGCAUUAUGUACAGCAUCAUUCCUGCACUUGCCCCGGCUGCCCCUUCUCUUCCCCUUCCACAUCCUCCCCCACCUUCCAAACCCUAAAGCCCAGGCACACCUCUAAUGUGCGGACCCAGCCAUCACAGUCUGAGAGGAGCCAGCAGCCCAAAGAGAGCAGCGGUGGACCUGUCAGCCUGGGCCUUUGCCUAGGGCUGGGCCUGUCCAUAGAAGAAGAGACCAGCGCCUGUAACGCGGAUGGCAGCCAGCGACAGCAGCAGGAGAAAAGCCCUGAGCCCCAUGACCGCAGCACCAGCAGCCCUCCCCAGGUGCCCACCUUUCCCUGUCUCUGCUGCCAUCGGGGUUUCCAGACCUGUGCCCAGCUUCUGAGCCACCAGCAGGGCACUGAUUUCCCCCAGUCUCACCCCCACUAUCAUCACCACCACUGUCCUCUCGCCUCCUGCUUGCACUGCCCCCAGCUCCCCCAAUCCACCCAGGCUCCUGCCCCUUUUCCUUGCCUCUCCUGCCAGCGCACGUUCCAGACUUGUGCCCAGCUCCUGAGGCACCAGCAAGGCCACGCCCAGCAGGAUGGGAUCCCGCAGCACCCCUGCAUGCACUGCUCUGCCUCCUUCCCCCGCCCCUCCCAGCUCCUUCAGCACCAGCGCUCCCAACAUGCCUCCAAGACAGGCGGCUUCCUGUGUGCCGAGUGCGGCCGGGCGUUCAACUCACACAGCAACCUGCGCAUCCACCUCAACGUGCACACGGGUGCUCGGCCGUACCCCUGCUCCGACUGCGGCAAGAGCUUCAGCCAAUCGGGGGCGCUCAAGAUCCACCGACGGAUCCACACCGGCGAACGUCCGUACACCUGCACCUUCUGUGGGCGCGGCUUCCCUCACCUGGCGGGAAUCCGGGCACACCAGCGUAUCCACACGGGCGAGAAGCCCUACCGCUGCCCCCAGUGUGGAAAAUGCUUUACCCAGUCAGGGGCGCUAAAGAUUCACAUGCGCAUUCACACUGGUGAGCGGCCUUUUGUCUGUGGCCUUUGUGGAAAGGGCUUCUCCAACCGUUCUGGGAUCCGCUUCCACUAUCGGACCGUGCACGGCAUCCUCUCCGAGACCAGCCUUACUUUAGACACACAUUCGGGCCUCCUAGCCUCCACAUCUGUCGCUACCAUUGGUCCCCGGGGAAAUUCUAGCUUUGGACUGACAGCCAAUCGUAGUGUGAGUCCUGCCAUCAGCCUCAGCUCUAGCUCUAACACUUGUGAGAGUCCCGGUACCAAUCCCGAUGCCGAUUUGAGUGAUCCCCCCUCCACUGUUUCCAGCUCCCUUCUGUCCCCAGGAUCAGGGUUCCCCCUCGAUUCGGGCAGCGAGCUGGAGCCCACAUCGGCUAAGGGCACGCGGAAGCAGAGGGUUUCUGGGGAAACGGCACGCGAGUCACGUCAGUAUUCCUGCGAGGACUGUGGCCGGUGUUUUCGGGACGCCCCUUCCAGAAACCGGCACCAGGCACUGGAGCACUAUUCUGGUCUGGAGGGUGAAGAGGAGGGUGGAGGAGAGGGGAAUGGCGUGAACGCGGGGACAGCGCAACCUCAAGAGGGGCCAGAAGGGGAGGCAGUAGACAGUCUGAUGCAGUGAGUGGCUGAUUGGCGUCAAAGGCGCAGAUGUUAGGGGGGGCGGGGUACUUCCUCCCCAGUUUUAAGCCCCAUCAAGCAUGGCUGGGUAUACUUAAAGGUUGAGAGCUUUUGCUCAUUGUUUAGUCCUCCCCACUUCAAAAAUCUGUCCUGCGCUCCUGCUUGGUGUAAUGAAAAGCAGAUAAAGAAAGCCAUGCUGUGAGAAAGGGGGAAACAGCCAGGACAGUUGAAGGAGGGGAGGGGAUAGAUGCUGAGGUUAAAGAAUGAUAAAGGGGGAAAAGAGAAGAAAGAGGCGUGUCUGUGAGCUACAGUACAGGUUGAAAAUACUGUCCUUUUCAGAUUGAUUCAAAUAGAUCAUUAAUGUUUCCACAAAGCACUUUAAAAACAAGACUGAUACUGUAACUAAAUAUCUGCAAGUCUAGUAUUAUGCAAAUUAUGAAUAAAGUAUUAGUCCUG